AUGAAAGACGAUAUAAAAAUUGUAGUAGAACAAAUCAAAGACGAUAAACCUUAUAAAGGUAGCCCAAAAGCCGAUAAACCUCAUAAAGGUAGUCCAAUUACUAUUAUUGAAAUAUCACCGAAUGCAAAAUGCAUUGUAACUUAUAGUGAAGAAGACAAAACAAUUGUCGGGUGGAAUGUUGAAGAUGAGGAAGAUAAACUUAAACCUGAUUGUACCAUUAAUUCCGAUAAAAUUUUUCGCGUUAAAAAAACUGAGGAAUUCGAUGAGGAAGAUAAAAAAAAAAUUUUUCACAUGUGUGUCUCUGAUAAGAAAAAACUAGUACUCAGUUAUGUUGAAUAUGGUUCACAUAUUGAAGGGAAUGUGCAUGAUUACUUGAGGUUAAUUGAUAUGAAGAAUCAAAAUCAAAUGGAGUUAUAUUUUAAAUUUGGAAUUGAUCAAUUCUACUGUAACUUUAAUUCAAAAGAGGAAUUUAUUUUAUAUAGUAUACAUGAAAAUACAUUAGAUGACCCUUUUUUUGAUAAAUCGGUCAGCCUUUUGAGUAAUCAAAAGUAUUCUACUAGUAUUAUUUGGAUUUAUUCAACACAAACAGCAAAGUGGAAGUGUAAAAAGAUUUAUGAGGUACCUCAAGGAGCGGAGAUGAUAGGCAUUUCAAAACAUGAUAGGAUUCAAUUUCGUUUAAAUAACAAUAUAUAUAAAUGGAGCAUUAUUAAUGAUAAAAUUUUGUCAAAAAUAUCAAAAAGUUUAAGCGGGAUUAAAACGAAAGACAUCAAAAUGUCUAGUAAUCAAGGAUUCAUUUAUUUGAAAAUAAAUGAUGAAAUUACAGUUUAUUCAACUGAACCAGUGACACCUAUUGUGUCGUUUGAUUUAAAAGUUGAAAAUCAUGAUAAAAUAUAUAAUUUUAUUAAGAAGGAUGCCGGCCUACAUUGUUUAUUACUUUCUUUAUUUGAUUAUAAUUCAAUUAACAAACUUCGAGAUACUAUUAAUAAAUACUGUCGGAAACUUUGCCCAGAUAACACAAUCGAGAUUUUACCAAAUAUUCCAAGUCUGCUUUAUGAUUACCAAUCAAAAAAAUAUAUAUUUGGGGUAAUAGACGGAUAUGUAUGGAAAAUUAAAUUUGACGAACUUGAAUUCGAUGAGAUAAAAUUAGAUAUAAAUCACAAUUUAUUAAAGGAAUUCGAAGACGAUGAAGUCACAGAAAGUUGGAAUGCAUAUUUCGGAAUAGAAAAGGACAACAGCGAAUACGAGGGUUCAUUCUUAUCACAUAAUAAUAAUAAUAAAUCAAAUUUAUUACAGGAAGAAACUAAUAAAUAUGAAUUAAAGGGUAUUAAACUGGAAAUUUAUACGAUUAAUGAAAUGAUUGGAUUUAUUGGAUUACGUGUAUUUAGAAAUGAUAAGACAAUCGAAGAAUUUAUAAAUAUCAAAUAUAAAAAGGAGAUAAAAUUAUAUAAAGUCGAGAUAUUUCAUAGUAAAGAGAUUAUUAUAUUGACAAAUGUUGGCAUUUUUAUUUUCCACUUAAAUGAUGAUGAUGAUUUGAUUUUAAAUCAUUUUUUCUUUUGUUUGAAUGAAGAACGUCAGCUCGCAUACUAUAUUGAUGAAUCCUUUUGGGUUUCACUUGGAGAAAACGAUAGAUACAAAUUUUUGAAAUAUGGUGUAAAACUAAUAAAUGCAAUUAAGGAACACGAUAUAGAAUCAGUUGAUGAUAUUUAUAAAAAAUGCCUAGAUUGUUUUAAACAAGAUUUAGCAAACAACAAGGCGUUUUUAAGCAUUAUCACAUAUUCGAUGUCAUUAUUGAACCAAUACUAUCCUGAAUAUAUCAUAAAAUAUUUAUGUGAUACAGACAUGAUAAUAGAUUCUCUUGAUUAUGACAUAGGACGGCUGAAUACCUCACAUCUUUAUCCUUAUGAAGGUUUUAAAUUAGUUAAUUUAACACGAUCUAUUCCGUGGACAAAAUAUAAUUUUUUUUUGAAAAGGAUUGUUAAUAAAUCAUAUGGAAAAUUAUUACUAAACAUCGAAUACAUUAUAUCUAUUAAUAUCUUGCCUUUUACUUAUUUAAUAUAUAAUGCUUUAGAUCAUUUUAAUAUUAUUAAUAAUAUUAUGAUUUAUGAAAGAGCUGCCUAUGUUUAUUAUAGAUUGUUUUGUUCUUCAAAACCUACAAUUACCUUUAUGCUACCUUAUUACAAAUUUGUUAAUUAUCCAGAAAAAUAUAAUAUGUUGAAUGAAUUAUUUCAACCUCAACAUAGUCCAUUCACAAUAACAAGGACUAGUGAAAUUUGUAAAACUUGGGGUGGUGAGGCAUUAAUUAAUUUUAAGUGGAACACUUAUGGAAAAUAUUAUUUUGCUAUGAUUUGGAUGGGGUUUAAUGUUUUAUUUGGAUGCUUCACUGCUGGUGCAAUACUUUCUGAAGAUUAUAUUGAAACUAGGGAUAAUUAUACAAAAAAUGAGGAUCAAAAUAAUCCUUGGAACAUUGCUUCUUCUUAUAAUCAAAUACUUGAAGAUGGUUCAAUUAGUACAAAUCCAUUUAUUAUUCAAAAACCUAACGAAAAUACAAAUAUGUUUGCUGAUUUCAGAACUGCACUUUUUGCAAUAUUUUUAACCUUAUCAGGUGAUCUAGGCACUUUGGGAAAUUGGUCAUAUAAAAAGAAUUCAUACUUUGUUUUUUUAUUGACUUUAUUCGUUUCCAUUGUCGUCAUAUAUCUUUUGAAUUUACUUAUCGGGUUGCUUAAUAAUGCAAUUGAUGAAGAUAAUAAUAGAAAUUCAUACUUGAUGCAUAAAGCGGAGAUUUUGAAAGAAAUAGAAUUAUUUUACUUAUUGCCAUAUCAAAGACGUAAGAAAACUUGGUUUCCUGAUGUAAUUUAUUAUCAUGCUGAUGUUGAUGAAACACGAAAAAAGGUUAAUGAUUUAAUUAAAAAGGGUGAAUGGGAUCCUGAUAAAUUAGAAUUCUCAGCAAUGAAAAAAAAUUUAUUAAAAAAACUAAAUAUUAAAUAUGAUCCUUGA